AUGAGCUGUACCGAAUCUUACAUCGGUUCUUCUAGUCCACCUACCACUUAUCCACAUUACGGUGAAUGGUCAUCAUCCGCUGGCUAUAUUUCCACCUCAGCAACACCUUAUCCGCCAACUUCAUCAUAUGGGCAUAAUUUACUUCCACCAAGUACUUCACAAUGGGUUACUACUAAUUAUGCUCAAAAUCAACAGACAACUAAUGCUCAUCCUACCGAACAAUCUCAUUCGGUCACUUCCACUGCUACCACUGCUGCUACCGUUGCAGCCGCGACUGCAGCCGCUACUAUUGCAGCAAACACUGCAAACACAUAUAAAUGGAUGCAUAUCAAGCGUACUGUCACUAAAUCAUCAGUACCAAGACGACGUGUGGUGGAGGAUACGAAUGCGAUGCGUACCAAUUUUACCACUCAUCAAUUAACGGAACUUGAAAAGGAAUAUUAUACAUCGAAAUAUUUAAAUCGAACAAGGCGAGCUGAAAUUGCAUCCAUCCUACAGCUAAAUGAAACUCAAGUGAAAAUAUGGUUUCAAAAUCGUCGAAUGAAAGAAAAAAAGCGGCAAAAAGAGCAGGCUUUCCUAGCACGUGGUGGUAUACCGUUGACACCAUGCAAAGCACCUCCACAACAGAGAACGAUCAACAGGGAUGGUACCACCUGGUCCUCCGAAUCUUCUUCUGGUACUCCUAACGAUUCCCCGAAACUAAUGCCACCAUCUCUAUAAUCCAGCUAUAAAUAUUGGGCUGGAUGACAGAUCGGCUAAUUAAUUGCUUCUUUCAGCCGCCAACUAUCCGUGUAAUGUAGUGUUAGUCGUUUUCACAUCGAC